UUACCGGAUGAGGGGAGGGCAGACACAAAGAAAAGGGGAGAAUGGAAGAGCCGAGAGAAAGAGAAACAUGGCGCACACACAUGGAUAGUAGUGAGGGAAAAUGAUCGAUGACCUCGGUUGUCAUCAUCACCGCCCAUCAUCAUACCCGCACUUUAGUCGUCAACGAUCCAUCCCGGCCGCACCGGUGACCUAUUUCCAACCCAAUAGAACCCUCUCAACAAUAAGACCAAAGACCACUGGUUUCGUCAGCUUCCAUAGAACAUUCAUAACCAGUAGAGGACAGCGCAACCCGUGGUGGCCUGUGACGAGUAGACGGAACCGCAUGACGACCAGAUGCCCAAGAGGAGGACUGUGCGCCGCGUCAACUUUCCUCUGUACCAGUCUGCCUGCUUCGCUCACAUCUCGUCGGCUCCUCCGUCGCUCCCGCUACUGCGGCCGGAGUUCAAGGAGAUGGCCGUCUGCUCAGUAACCCUGCUCCACGGUUCCGACUAACCGCUGACGUUCAAGUGCCCAGUUGAU